AUGUCAACAUCCUGUGUGGAGAAGGAAAUACAAACUGUUGCUCACUGGUUCCAGUGCUGGAGUCCAAUGCAGAAGGAAGACUUUUACAAGGAUUUGGUAGAGAAGGCAGCCCCACCCCAAGUAGAUGCAUUGUUUGAUGCUAUGAAAACCCUGAAUGUCCAAGAUAGACCCCCAAGUAUAUUCCAGUGCCAACUGAAACUCUUCAAUCAAUGGUUUGGUGGAUGGACACAACAAGAUCGCAACAGUUUUGUCAUAAAACUGGCAGAGGUGGAUGCAUUAUUUGUCCAAAGAUUUAAUGAAGAGGUUGCAUCUUUACAGGGAUCAUCUUAA